CUGUUGGACAGCUCUGUAGGUGAAACAUUAGUGAGCAGAACGUUUAAACUUCAGCUGUAAACUAAUUAUUCUUCUGUUAAUCUUUGACAUUAUCAUUUGUUCACCAGAUAUCAAGACAUUUUAAUUCAACUCUGUCCUUUAGCUUUGGCUUAUUUCUCACAUUGUCACAUUUUGUGUCCAUAAGAAUGAAAUGUGCCUCAGUUUAAUGGUUCAUCAUGAUUUGGGAUGUUGCUGAUAUGAAGAUGCACAGAGAAAGUUUUUACUGAGGAGGACCUGAACUUAUAUUUGAGCCGUAAAUCUCCGUUAGGUUCAGUGAAAUUCUUUUGUGGUGAUUGAAGGAAGCAGAGUAGAUCCAGGUUCACUAAAUGUGAAGCCCUUUCACAAUAAAAGCCCAGGUUUAGUCAACACCCUGAUUAUAACCUGAUGCUUCAGAAAUCUAAUUUUUCAGUGUAAACAAGUCAAACUGACGUUUUAGUGGUAAAAUGUGAAAACAAAGUAAAUCUGAAUGUAAUGUAACAUUCAGUGAUGGAGGAUAAAAUGUUGUUUCAGGCUCCUGAUUCAGUAUCUCUGAUGGUUCACUGCCCUCUAGUGGGGAAGUUUAAGUGUGGCACAUUCAGGCUUCAUCACUGUGAGUGCUUCCUCCUCUGUCUGCUUUAAAGGGUCAGUUCACCCAAAUUACAAAGAGACACUUUCUCUCUUACCUUCAGUGGUGUGUAGCCACGCAGGUAGUUUUGUUCUGUUUCUCUGAACACUGUGAGGUUUGGAGGUUUUUUCAAAUGUUAGGUGACACUUUGUUUGAUCCCAAUCUACAUGAACUAUGUGCGUCACAUGUUCAUGUGUUGUUAACACUAACAGAUGUGGGAGUUUCUCUCGGCUCAGUUUUCUGCUUUUCUCUGCACACAGCAGCAACCUGACUGCAGAGUGAACAGAGAAGACACAAACCAGGAAACAGCAACAACAUGUCACUCUCCAUCCUCUCUUAUAAUGAACCCUCUUCUCCUCUUCCUCUUCAGUCAAACUGCCUCGUGGUUCACUGGUACAAUGCAUUCCUGUUCCUUCACUACACCUGCAGACUGCCUCGGAGCACAGAGAGAUCAACUGUAGAGGGCAGCUGUAAAUAUUUACAGUCAAAAUCAAGAAUGUGACUUAAUGCAUGUUAUACUGCAUUUAUUAUAGAAUUUACGCUUUGUAAGACAACACAACUUUAGUGCGAUGUGGGUGUUGGCUCGCACUCAGCAUGUCAUGUAUGUUAAUAAGCUAAAGAGGAAGUACAUCUAGUGGUUUAAGAGCCUGAUAUCUGUCUUCUGCUCACUCACAACUGAGGAACGGCUUCUUUCAAGACGACGUCCGUCUUCACUAGAGAUCAGAGGAGCAGAUAUGAGUUUAAGUGCAGCAGUGAGUGGAUUUGUCGUCUUCCUUCUCUCUGUGUCAGUGAUACAGGGUCAGGAUGGCUGGGGAGUGACUUACAGCUCUACUGAGGUCUGUGCCUUCAAAGGAUCAACAGUGGACAUGAGCUGCACCUACAGAUACCCAUCUACUGUACAGAGAGUAGAGAACAGGUUCUGGUUCAGGACAGUGCAGAAUGAGAAUUAUGUGGAUCUGAAAAAUGAGCCAGGAUAUUCAGGUCGUGUGCAGUAUGACUGUAUUAACAAGGACUGCAGUCUGAAAAUCACAGACCUGAGAGAGAGCGACUCAGCUGAGUACAAGUUCAGAUUCAUUACAGACCAAGAAGGUGGGACAUAUACUGGUUCACCUGGAGUCACUUUGACUGUCACAGAUCCAGAUCUCCAGGUGCAGGUGAGCAGAUCCUCAUAUUCUAGCUGGAGAGACCUGAAGUGUCACAGCAGUUGUCGUCUACCUGAUCGUUCUUCCUACAUCUGGUACAAAAGUGGAGAGAAAAUUCCAUCACAAACAUCUUCUACUUAUUCAAACUACUUUAAUUAUGCAGACAGUUAUUCCUGUGCUGUUGAAGGACAUGAGGAUUUCCCCUCUCCUCCAGUGUGUGUUGAUGGUCAAACCUGCAACAGAGUGAUUUACACUGACAGAAGCAUCUGUGUCUCCAAAGGAUCAUCAGUGGACAUUUCUUGUACUUACAGCAGUUAUGGAACUAUCAGAUCUAAAUUCUGGUUCAGUCCUGAACGUUCUCAUCAGUGGCAGAGUCCUUCACAGCCUGAGGACCUUAGUGACUCCCAGUUUGCAGGUCGUGUUCAGGUCCUUGAAUCAGAGAGAGGACGCUCCACUCUGAGAAUCACUGACCUGACAGAGAGUGAUUCAGCUGAGUACAAGUUGAGAUUCAUUACAGACCAAGAAGGUGGGACAUAUACUGGUUCACGUGGAGUCACUUUGAGGGUCACAGAUCCAGAUCUCCAGGUGCAGGUGAGCAGAUCCUUAUAUUCUAGCUGGAGAGAGCUGAAGUGUCACAGCAGUUGUUGUCUACCUGAUCGUUCUUCCUACAUCUGGUACAGAAAUGGACAGAAAAUUCCAUCACAAACAUCUUCUACUUAUUCAGUCUACUAUAAUUAUGCAGACCUUUUUUCCUGUGCUGUUGAAGGACAUGAGGAUUUCCCCUCUCCUCCAGUGUGUGUUUAUGGUCAAACCUGCAACAGAGUGAUUUACACUGACAGAAGCAUCUGUGCCUCCAAAGGAUCAUCAGUGGACAUUUCUUGUACUUACAGCAGUUAUUACACCAUCACGUCCAAAUUCUGGUUCAGUCCUGAACGUUCUCAUCAGUGGCAGAGUCCUUCACAGCCUGAGGACCUUAGUGACUCCCAGUUUGCAGGUCGAGUUCAGGUCCUUGAAGGAUGGAGAGGACGCUCCACUCUGAGAAUCACUGACCUGACAGAGAGUGAUUCAGCUGAGUACAAGUUCAUGUUCAUAACAAACCAACCAGGUGGGAGAUAUACUGGUUCACCUGGAGUCACUUUGAGGGUCACAGAUCUUCAGGUGCAGGUGAGCAGAUCCUUAUAUUAUGGCUGGAGAGACCUGAAGUGUCACAGCAGUUGUCGUCUACCUGAUCGUUCUUCCUACAUCUGGUACAGAAAUGGACAGAAAAUUCCAUCACAAACAUCUUCGACUUAUUCAGUCGACUUUAAUUAUGCAGACAGUUAUUCCUGUGCUGUUGAAGGACAUGAGGAUUUCCCCUCUCCUCCAGUGUGUGUUUAUGGUCAAACCUGCAACAGAGUGAUUUACACUGACAGACGCAUCUGUGCCUCCAAAGGAUCAUCAGUGGACAUUUCUUGUACUUACAGCAGUUUUAACAUUAUCAGAUCUAAAUUCUGGUUCAGUCCUGAACGUUCUCAUCAGUGGCAGAGUCCUUCACAGCCUGAGGACCUUAGUGACUCCCAGUUUUCAGGUCGUGUUCAGGUCCUUGAAUCAGAGAGAGGACGCUCCACUCUGAGAAUCACUGACCUGACAGAGAGUGAUUCAGCUGAGUACAAGUUCAGAUUCAUUACAGACCAAGAAGGUGGGACAUAUACUGGUUCACCUGGAGUCACUUUGAGGGUCACAGAUCCAGAUCUCCAGGUGCAGGUGAGCAGAUCCUCAGAUUCUAGCUGGAGAGACCUGAAGUGUCACAGCAGUUGUCAUCUACCUGAUCGUUCUUCCUACAUCUGGUACAAAAGUGGACAGAAAAUUCCAUCACAAACAUCUUCUACUUAUUCAGUCGACUUUAAUUAUGCAGACAGUUAUUCCUGUGCUGUUGAAGGACAUGAGGAUUUCCCCUCUCCUCCAGUGUGUGUUGAUGGUCAAACCUGCAACAGAGUGAUUUACACUGACAGAAGCAUCUGUGCCUCCAAAGGAUCAUCAGUGGACAUUUCUUGUACUUACAGCAGUUUUAACAUUAUCAGGUCUAAAUUCUGGUUCAGUCCUGAUCGUUCUCAUCAGUGGCAGAGUCCUUCACAGCCUGAGGACCUUAGUGACUCCCAGUUUGCAGGUCGUGUUCAGGUCCUUGAAUCAGAGAGAAGACGCUCCACUCUGAGAAUCACUGACCUGACAGAGAGUGAUUCAGCCGAGUACAAGUUCAGAUUCAUUACAGACCAAGAAGGAGGGACAUAUACUGGUUCACGUGGAGUCACUUUGAGGGUCACAGAUCCAGAUCUCCAGGUGCAGGUGAGCAGAUCCUCAGAUUCUAGCUGGAAAUACCUGAAGUGUCACAGCAGUUGUCGUCUACCUGAUCGUUCUUCCUACAUCUGGUACAGAAAUGGACGGAAAAUUCCAUCACAAACAUCUUCUACUUAUUCAGUCUACUAUACUUAUGCAGCCAGUUUUUCCUGUGCUGUUGAAGGACAUGAGGAUUUCCCCUCUCCUCCAGUGUGUGCUGAUGGUCAAACCUGCAACAGAGUGAUUUACACUGACAGAAGCAUCUGUGCCUCCAAAGGAUCAUCAGUGGACAUUUCUUGUACUUACAGCAGUGAUGAAAUUAUUAAAUCUAAAUUCUGGUUCAGUCCUGAACGUUCUCAUCAGUGGCAGAGUCCUUCACAGCCUGAGGACCUUAGUGACUCCCAGUUUGCAGGUCGUGUUCAGGUCCUUGAAUCAGAGAGAGGACGCUCCACUCUGAGAAUCACUGACCUGACAGAGAGUGAUUCAGCUCAGUAUCACUUCAAGUUUACAACACAAUGGUCUGAGUGGAGGAGUAGUUUACCUGGUACAACUCUGACUGUCACAGCUCUGCAGGUGCAGGUGACCAGAAUAACAGUCCACCAGUCUGAUACUGAGGCAGAGCUGAAGUGUCACAGCAGCUGCAGUCCAGCUGCUCGUCUUUCCUACGUCUGGUUCAAGAACGUACAGAGAGUCACAGGGGUGGAGACAUCUUCUUUUAAAGGCCGGGUUUAUCCUGGAGACAUCAUCUCUUGUGCUUUGAAAGGACAUGAGAACUACGGCUCUCCUCCAGUCUAUGGUCCAAGACUUCCCUCUGUGUCAGUGAGUCCCUCUGCUGAGAUAGUGGAGGGCAGUUCAGUGACUCUGACCUGUAGCAGUGAUGCUAACCCAGCAGCUAAUUACACCUGGUACAAGAAGAACCAAACACUGAUUCAAGGAACAGAAGGCAUCUAUCAUUUCUCCUCCAUCAGCUCUGAGGACAGAGGGAACUACUCCUGCAAGUCAGAGAAUCAGUAUGGAGAGAUCAUGUCCUCGUCUGUAUCAGUCGAUGUCCAGUAUGGUCCAAGACUUCCCUCUGUGUCAGUGAGUCCCUCUGCUGAGAUAGUGGAGGGCAGUUCAGUGACUCUGACCUGUAGCAGUGAUGCUAACCCAGCAGCUAAUUACACCUGGUACAAGAAGAAUGGAGAUCCAGACCUUCGACCUCUCAGUAAAGAACCACAGCUUGUCUUCAGCUCCAUCCAGUCCUCUGACUCUGGAGAGUAUAACUGUACAGCUGAGAACCAGCUGGGGAGGAGGACGUCUGAAUACAUCUCUAUUAAUGUCAAAUAUGCUCCAAGACUUCCCUCUGUGUCAGUGAGUCCCUCUGCUGAGAUAGUGGAGGGCAGUUCAGUGACUCUGACCUGUAGCAGUGAUGCUAACCCAGCAGCUAAAUACACCUGGUACAAGGAGAACCAAACACUGAUUCAAAGACCAGAAGGCAUCUAUCAUUUCUCCUCCAUCAGCUCUGAGGACAGAGGGAACUACUCCUGCAAGUCAGAGAAUCAGUAUGGAGAGAUCAUGUCCUCGUCUGUAUCAGUCGAUGUCCAGUAUGGUCCAAGACUUCCCUCUGUGUCAGUGAGUCCCUCUGCUGAGAUAGUGGAGGGCAGUUCAGUGACUCUGACCUGUAGCAGUGAUGCUAACCCAGCAGCUAAUUACACCUGGUACAAGGAGAAACAAAAACUGAUUCAAAGACCAGAAGGCUUCUAUCAUUUCUCCUCCAUCAGCUCUGAGGACAGAGGGAACUACUCCUGCAAGUCUGAGAAUCAGUAUGGAGAGAUCAUGUCCUCGUCUGUAUCAGUCGAUGUCCAGUAUGGUCCAAGACUUCCCUCUGUGUCAGUGAGUCCCUCUGCUGAGAUAGUGGAGGGCAGUUCAGUGACUCUGACCUGUAGCAGUGAUGCUAACCCAGCAGCUAAAUACACCUGGUACAAGGAGCAUGGAGAUCCAGACCUUCAACCUCUCAGUAAAGAUCCACAGCUUGUCUUCAGCUCCAUCCAGUCCUCUGACUCUGGAGAGUAUAACUGUACAGCUGAGAACCAGCUGGGGAGGAGGACGUCUGAAUACAUCUAUGUUAAUGUGACAUAUGGUCCAAGACUUCCCUCUGUGUCAGUGAGUCCCUCUGCUGAGAUAGUGGAGGGCAGUUCAGUGACUCUGACCUGUAGCAGUGAUGCUAACCCAGCAGCUAAUUACACCUGGUACAAGGAGAAUGAAGACUCACCAAAAGCAUCAGGACAGAUCUUCACCAUCACUGACUUCAGAGCUGAACACAGUGGGAAUUAUUCCUGUGAAGUCCAGAACAGAAGAGGAAGAAACAAAACCAGCGUACAUCUGACUGUUCUGGCAGUAUCAUGGAAAUCAGUGGCUGCUGGAACAAUCACUGUCGUUCUCCUGGCUAUCAUAUCCCUCUCUGUCUUCCUGUGGAUCAGGAAAAAGAGGUCUUCCAGGGAAUCUACUGAGGCUGAAGAGAGACCAGACAACAGGGAACAGGGAGAGUCGGAGGAGCAGGACGACUUUCAUUACACCAGCGUCCACUUCUCCAACAACCAGGCAGAUAAUCUGUACUCCAACAUCAGACCAGCUCAGCCUCGAAGACACGUGGAGCAACAGGAAGUCGAGUACGCUGCUGUCAGAUUUAACAGUGCCAGUACCGCCCCGAGAGCCAGAGGUCAGGGAGCUGCAGAGGAUCCAGCUGCGUUGUACAGCACCGUCAACAAAACCUGCUGACCUGCAUUUAUAGUCUGAUAUUUCUGUUCCUUCAUAACAUUUGUAUCAUAGCAGGAAUAUACAAUAGAGACAAUGAUAUAUCUUAGAGAAGCUCGGAUUUAUGAACUUAACAUACACCAGUGUUCAGCUUAGUGGAAGAAUGUGUUAAGUUACUUUUUUAUCCAAUUAAUUGUAAAUAUAACUCCUAAUGUGCUUUUUAUAGAAACCUGAUAAAUGAAAGUUCAAUAUUCGGUGAACUUUUAUCUUUUAUCUUUGAAAUAGUCUCUGACAACUGUAAUUCCCCCCAAAUUUCCCCGCAGCUACUUUGUGAGUUACUCUCAGACCAAACUGUAGGAGUCUAAGACUCAAUCUCAAUUAGAAGAGUCACGAUAUAACGACAUUAACAAUAAUCAUGAUAUUUAAAAUGAAAUACUAAUAGUGUUAAUAUUACAAACAUGAUAGCAGCUUGUAAAUAAUAUAUCGCCUCUUUCCGUUUCUUUCCCUUCCCAUUUUGUCGUGGUAGGUGAUGAUAACGCACCUUAAUGCUGGUUGAGUGUAACUGUUCUUUUUGUACACAUCAGUACAGUCAUGGUCAGAGGCUCUCUCUCCACCUCUCUACACUCGUAUUUUGAGGGUAAUCAAUUUGCCAAAAAAGAGACAAAACACACAGUAAACAAAGUUAGAGAUGAAUUUGACUGAGCAUUAUUGUUUCCAUAUUCUCUAGAGAUAUUGUGAUAAUAUUGUUAUUUAGGCAAUGAUAAUUGUGUAGUUACAAUCUGAUAUUGUGACAGCUCUAAUCCCAAUACACCCUUUGCCCCGACCACUUAGCCCUGCCUCUGUUUUGUGUGUUCACAUCUAGAGUAGUGUGUCCUGAGUCUUGUUGUGACAGAGGAGUACGACAAAGAUCUCUGCAAACUGAGCUUCUUUUUUCAAAGGCACACUUCAAACUGAGAGUUAUCAGACCUCUCUGCUGUUUCAAUGUAUUAUAGUCAUUUUCUUUAUAAGCAGCUUUGAACAAUCACAACUAGAUCACUGAUGUCUCAGUACCUGGCUAAUGUUACAUCAUGUUAUUUUUUUUGUAUAUAUAUUACUUUUAAAAUUCACAGUUGUUUAUCUAUUUUUCUGCAGCUCAGUCGCAAAAAUAAAAUGUUGUCAUGUUA